AUGAAGCCAGACUUUAGUGUGCAGCAGGGCGAACACUUGAGAGAGAUAAUUAUUGCCUUUGUCUUAUUCAGCCACACGAUAAUUCUCUUCCGGACAACCUGCAAAAAGCUCAGUGAGCCACAACAUACACUUCUAUAUGCUGUCUGCCGAUCGAGACGAGCUGGCAGGCACGCGAUCGAUGGCCGGUGUCCACGAAGAGCGCACCGGCGGCAGCGGCGCCUCCAACGGCAGGAGAUCAUCACGGCGGCGUCCGCGGCGCGUCCUGAUGUUCCCGCUGCCGUUCCAGGGCCACAUCAACCCGAUGCUGCAGCUGGGCAACGUGCUCCACGCGCGGGGCUCGCGGUGACCGUGCUCCACACGCGCCUCAACGCGCUGGACCCCGCGCGCCGCCACCCGGAGUUCCAGUUCGUGCCGGUCCUCGACGGCGUCCCGGCGCACGUCGCGGCGUCCGGGAACGUCAUCGACAUCAUCGAGGCCAUGAACGCCGCCAUGGAGGCGGACGGGGCGGCGGCCCUCAGGGCCGUCCUCGAGUCGGUGGUCGCGGAUGAGGCGCGGCCCCUGCCGCGUGCAUUGUCUUCGACGCCAACCUCCUCGCCGUGCCCAGGGCUGCUGAGGCCGUCGGGCUCAGGACGCUGGUGCUGCGCACCGCCAGCGCGGCCUGCCUCGGAUGCUUCUUGGCGUACCCCAUGCUUCACCAAAAGGGCUAUCUUCCUCCUCAAGUCCAAACUCUACAUGCCGGUGAAAGAGCUGCCGCCACUGAGGGUAAGGGACCUCUUCUAUUCAAGCUGGAGCAACCACAAGAAAAUGCGCGAGUUACUCGCUCGGGCCAACGAAGCAAUGAAGAACUCCUCCGGUCUAGUGAUCAACACACUCGAUGCUCUAGAGAAAGCAGAGCUGAAGAGGCUCUGCGAAGAGCUCCACAUCCCUGUGGUACUUGCUCCUGGCCCUCUCCACAAGCUCUCCUCUAAGCGCACAAGGAGCAGCACGCCGGACCAAGACUACAGCUGCAUCGAGUGGCUGGACAAGCAGCCAUCGGAGUCCGUGCUGUACGUGAGCUUCGGAAGCUUGGCUUCCCUGGACGCCAAAGAGUUCUUGGAGGUGGCCUGGGGCUUGGCCAACAGUGGCCACCCUUUUCUAUGGGUGGUUCGUGCAGACUCGGUACGGGGCUUCUUGGAUGGUCCGGAUAUUCCGAAUGGCUUCGAGGCUGCGGUUCAUGGCAGGGGCAAGGUGAUCCGGUGGGCGCCGCAGCAGGAGGUACUGGCGCACCCUGCGGUCGGUGGAUUUUGGACCCACAGCGGAUGGAACUCCACGCUGGAGAGCAUCAGUGAGGGGGUUCCGAUGAUUUGCAGGCCUCAGUUCGCGGAUCAGAUGAUGAACACGAGGUACGUGGUGAACACAUGGGGUGUAGGGUUGGAGCUGGAAGGCGAGCUUGAAAGAGGCAAAAUAGAGAAGGCCGUUAGGAAGCUCAUGAAGGAUAGGGAGGGAGAGGAGAUGAGGGAAAGAGCUAAGGAGCUCAAGAAGAAUGUAGCAGAUUGCUUAAAAGCUGGUGGGACUUCUCAGGUCGCCAUUGAUAAGUUGGUGGAUUACAUACUUUCAAUGUGA